AUGCCAGGAAACAAGGAAACCUGGUGGUGGGAUGAGAACGUUCAAAAAAUCAUAGAAAGUAAGAAAAAGCAAUUCGAAGUAUUGCAGAAGAGCAGAAGGAGAAAAGAUUGGAUGAAUUAUAAACGCUUGUUCAAAGAAGCCAAGUAUGUAGUAAGUAAGGCGAAAUUUAAGAGAUAUGAUGAUUUAUAUGAAAGGUUAGAAACAAAGGAAAGCGAAAAAGAAGUCUUUAGACUUGCAAAAGUAAAAGAAAUAAGGUCUAAAGAUUAUCACUAUGUAAGAAGGAAUGGAGAAAUAGUAUUGUGGUGCCGAUAUUUUAUGGAAAAGGAGACAUACAGCAGUAUGGAAAUUGUAGAAGAUUUAGGAAAAAGGAAUAGACAAAAGAAUAAAAGGAAAAAUAUCAGUAACAAGGAACCAGUUUGA